AUGUCCAUCCGGAGGUUUUGGAGCACUCCUAAAACGCUAGGAGACGUCAAUGGGGUGACAGAGGAGCUGAAGAAUCUUUACUACAAGAGGCUGCUGCCGAUAGAGAAACACUACUCCUUCCAUCACUUUCACUCACCGAGCUACGAGGAUGCAGACUUUGACAACAAGCCGAUGGUGCUGGUGAUGGGUGAGUACUCAACAGGAAAGACAACUUUCAUCAGGUAUCUCAUAGAGGAAGACUUUCCUGGUAGCAGAGUUGGUCCGGAGCCAACCACUGACUGCUUCACAGCCCUCAUGUAUGGAGAAAAGACUCAAACCAUUCCUGGGAAUGCCCUAACAGUGGAUCCAAAAAUGCCCUUUCGCAACCUUGAUCCAUUUGGAAACUUGUUUCUAAACAGAUUUCAGUGUGUCCAGAUGCCAAAUCCAGUCCUUGAAAGUAUCAGCAUAAUUGACACACCAGGCAUCUUAACAGCUGCAAGAAGAAAACUUAGCCGAGGCUACGACUUCCCAGCUGUACUGCGCUGGUUUGCAGAGCGUGUGGAUCGGAUCAUCCUCCUGUUUGACGCUCAUAAACUGGACUUCUCGGAUGAGCUCACCCGGGCCUUUGGGGCUCUGUACAGCUAUGAGGACAAGCUGCGUGUGGUUCUCAACAAAGCUGACACAAUAGACUCUCAGCAGCUCAUGAGAGCGUAUGGCGCCCUCAUGUGGUCACUGGGUAAAGUGUUUCGAACCCCUGAAAUCCUGCGUGUUUAUAUUGGAUCUUUCUGGUCGGAGCCGAGGCAGGCGUGCGAUCACUACCAGCUGAUUGAGCUAGAGGAGGAGGAUCUGCUGGCUGAUGUGAGGAACCUGCCACGCAAUGCAGCAGUGCGCAAGCUGAAUGACUUGGUGAAGAGAGCUCGCUUAGUCAGGGCUCAUGCACACAUCAUCAGCUUUCUGAAGCAGGAGAUGCCAAGAGUUUUUUGCAAAGAAAGAAAGAAGCACAACCUGAUAUAUCAGCUUCCUGUGAUUUUUAGAAAUAUCCAGCAGCAGCAUCGAGUCCCAGCUGGAGACUUCCCAGACUGCACCAAGAUGCAGGAAAAACUUUUGGGUCAGGACUUCUCAAAGUUCAAGAAACUGAAGCCCAGCCUGAUGGCUUCUUUAGAUAAACUCCUGACCUCAGAUGUAGCCAAGCUGGUUCCCUUACUCCAACUGCAGGAGGAGAAGAAGAAAUCCCUCCCCAGUGUGUUGGAUGGAGAAUUUUUAGGAACUUUCAGGCGUGAGCAUUUCACACAAGACCCAUUUAAGGAAAUCGCCAAAGACGACGAGAGCAGCGAGAUGGAUUUGGACGAGUGGGCUGUGGAGAAAUACAAACCCAAAUACGAUGAGAUUUUCUACAGCCUGAGUCCUCGUGACGGAAAACUCAGAGGCACCAAAGCCAAAGAAUGGAUGACAACCACUCUUCUGCCUCAUUCUGUGCUCGCUCACAUCUGGAGGCUGGCAGAUGUUGAUAAAGACGGCAUGUUGGACGAUGAGGAGUUCGCUUUGGCGGUCCAUCUUAUUGAGGGAAAGCUAGAAGGACACUGGCUCCCUAAAGAGCUUCCCUCUCAUCUGGUGCCACCAUCCAAACGGCCGAAUACACCGAGUGACGCAUCAGUUUAAUCCUUGUAUACAAAACCAUGAAUAUCUGAAGAAUAGUCACGUAAAUGUGUACUAAAUGUUCUUAAUAUAAACUAU